AUGAAUUCGGUUCCGGUCUUUAGGUUUUCACAGCUGUCCUUCGGCGUCUCCCGGACAAGCAUACGGCAUGGCCACGUACAGUCGCGCCGCAGGGUGCCUCAGCCUGAGCUCACCAAGUUCCCGGAGGGACACGGCGAGCAGAUCUGGGUCUGGAGCCACCUGACCUCGAACCAGGUCAUCUACUCUCACACAAAGCAACUCGACUCUAACCGCGCACUCCGCCAACUCCCCUUCAACGGAAAGAAGUCCAAGCCCGCAAAGCUCCGCCGCGACUACUGGCAACCAUUGGCCCUGAUCCAGCUGCCCAAGGGCGCGGGUGCGGCAGGCCAGUCCGUCUUCCAGAAGCUGCGUGAGUUCCGCAGGCUGCACGAGCUGUGCUGGGACGACUCCCUCCUUUUCGCCUCCAAUGCCACCGAGGCGAACCCCGAGAUCGAGACGAAGCGCGUCCGCGGCCGCUUCGAGCGUGGCCAGGCCCUGAACGACCAGCGCAACAACGCCAUCGCCGACAUGGCCGCCGUCCUUGCCGGCAUUGGCCGCGGUAACCGCCUGCACGUGAGCCCCAAGGAGAAGGCCCUGCUCGAGCAGGGCGUGCCCUUGCUGGGCCGCAAGUGGUCAAAGAUCCCCCCUGUGCCGACGGCGGCGGUGGCCGGUAAGAAGGGCAAGGCCGAGGCCGCGAGCAAACUCGUCGAGGGAGCCGCGACAGAGACUGUCGCCGACAGUGAAGGCAACGUCGUCGAGGUCGCCGAUGGCCCCGACGAGCUUCUUCCUGCGACGAUAUACUGGGCCAUCGACACUGACCGUAACUUUGCGGAGAAGUGGUCCGACAACGUCACGCACGACCUGUUGGACAACGCCGUCGAGCUGACGGCGCAGUAUGAGGCGGAGGUCGUCGAGCAGAAGGAGGAGAUCGCCAACAGCCCGGUGAUGGAUUACAAGGUCGUUGAAGCCAAGGCAUAA